CCUUUACCCACCUCACUUCAACCCAGCUGAGCACAACCAGGAGAGCAAGUGUUUGGUACACACACAGGGACUCUAUGAUUAAGCACCGGGCUCAGAAAGCUCCCCCUGGGCAGCACAGGCACUGUGAGAGAUGUUUCAACCGGCACUGCCGCGCACCAAUUGAGCCCUCCAUCUCCUGCAUGGUGAUCAGCUGCCGCUUUCACUGCGGGGCCACCUUCCACAUGUGCAAGGCAGAGGAGCACCAAUUGCUCUGUCCCUUAGAGCAGGUCUCCUGCCUCAACUCAGCCUAUGGCUGCCCUUUUUCCAUGGCCCGCUUUAAGCUGGCGAAGCACCUCCAGGUCUGUCCAGCCAGCGUUGUCUGCUGCUCGAUGGAGUGGAAUCGCUGGCCAAACGUGGAUUCAGACACAACCCUCCACAAGAACAUUAUGAAGGAGACCUUGAACGAAGAGUGUCUGGACACAGCCUUGGCACUCAGAGACCAGAAGAUACUUUUCAGGACUUUGAAAAUAGCCGACUUGUUUCCAGAGUGGAGGAAAAAGGAUGAAGUGGAAGAGCUAAUGGACGAAGCUAUAGGUGGGGAAGAAGGUGCUGUGGGAGGAGUAGCCUGUGGUUCCCAAGAGGCCGACGACCAGUUGUCCGAGCUCAGCCAACGUGAGCGUGAAGAUUUGGCAAAGGACAAAGAGGGAAUGGAUCUGGGGAGUUACAAAACCUGGGAGAACAUUUUCAGCAAAGAGCUCCUGGCUUGCAAGGUAAUGGGCUCAGCGGCCAGCACAGGACAAAAGACAGAGGAGGCUUCCAAGAAAACAGCAUCAGACCCUCGUGCUGCCAGCUCCACAGAGAAGGCAAAGGAAGUACCUGACAGUGCAGAAGAGGCAAAAGACCAAAAGCCUGAACAAGUAACACCAAAUACAGAAAGGACAGGACUGGCUCCCUGGCAAGAAGGGGUCCUGGAAAGGCUGAAGAAGGAAGUUGGUGUAGGGGAUUACAACAUGUAUCUGGUACAUCAUGGGGGAAUGCUCAUCCGCUUUGGCCAGCUAGCUGCUUGCACACCCAAAGAAAAAGACUUUGUCUAUGGGAACUUGGAAGCUCAGGAGGUGAAGACUGUUUACACCUUCAAAGUGCCAGUUAGUUACUGUGGCAAAAGAGCACGACUAGGAGAUGCACUGGGCCACAAGAUACCAACUUCAGACAAGUCGGUGGAUACAUCAGAAUUGGGAAUAAACCUAGAAGAGCUACCUAAGGCAAAUAUAGUUAAAGCCACGCUGCUGUGUGCACUGGAAAAAGAGCUGAAAGGCCAUGAGAUCUCUGAAGCAAGGGGUAUCGAUGGACUCUUUGUGGAUUUUCCAACACAGACAUACAGCUUCCCUCUAGAGCCCUUCUCCUCUGAUGCUGUUCUAGCAGAUAUUCUGGAUGAAAAAAGCCCACCAGAACUCCACGUGGAGCUCUACACUGAAUGUGUAACCAGAAGACACAACAAAAGCAGUUCAGCUUUCACGUUCACUUGCAGUCAUUUCUUCAGGAGGGAUGAGUUCCCGUCCCACUUCAAGAAUGUGCAUGCUGAUAUCCAGUCAUGUCUGGACGGAUGGUUCCAGCAUCGCUGCCCACUGGCCUACUUGGGAUGUACUUUUGUCCAAAAUCACUUCCGCCCUGAUGGACUUAAGGCCAAGGUUAUAUACAGCAAGCCUCUCAAGACAUUUGCUAUUAAGCCAGAGGUGGACACCGUCCUUGCUGAAUCAGGGAAGUGCAAUUCCACAGUGGCUAAUCGAGGGAGAAAUAAGGACUCACUGAGCAGCCUCCCAGUGGAAGUGCUCAAGUACAUUGCUGGGUUCCUGGACAGCUUCAGUUUAUCUCAGCUAUCGCAAGUGUCAGUGCUGAUGAGGGACAUCUGUGCCACUCUUCUUCAAGAGAGGGGAAUGGUCCUGCUGGUCUGGGAGAAAAAAAGAUAUUCCCAUGGCGGUACUUCGUGGAAAGCUCGCAAAAAGAUCUGGCAGUUCAGCAGCCUGUUCUCCAGAGUUAACAAAUGGCAGCGCAACGAUGUCGCGUGCAUGUCGGAGCACCUGAAGAACUGUCCCUUCUACCAAGUGGAGCACAAGACAGACCCCGUGCUGCUGACAGGCAUGUGCGAGUCUCGAGAGCAGACUCAAAAGACUUUGGUUUCUACUUUCAAGCGCAGAGUCUGAACAACCUGCUUCCCCGCUGCCACGCUCCUUUCAGGGCCCUUGAAAAGAAGAUUUGGGAAUUUAGGUGUAAAGAUUGUUGCUUCCAACUCUCCUUUGGACGUACAAAACUGGCUUCUGCCCAGCUGAAGCUGUCUCCCAGUUUGGAACAUCCUGCAUCUUUUUUUUUCCCUGCAUUAAUUUAAUUGUUAAAACUUCAUCCAUUGCUCACUGAUAUCAUGUGCUUUCUGUUUAUGUUUCUGUUCCUUGCUUAAUACAGCAUCCUGGAGAAAGCAAUAAGGAUCUUGUUUGAAACAGCAUCUUCGCAACCUUGAAGGUAGGCUGCUACUCCUGUACCAUGUCCCUGAGAGAAGCAAGAGCAGUUAAUGUACCUAGCUUGACUAGGUCUGAAACACCUUAGUUUUGGCUGGAGAGCCAAGUUCUGGGAGCACAGGCAAAUGCCCUCCUGCCCGUCAGACCUAGGGAUUGCUAACCUGUUCUGAGUUGUGGGCAAAAGAAAAGGAGCCCCCAAAAUUAAGUGAAUUAAUUAGGACUCAGGAAUGCACCGCACAGCCACAGACCGUCGUUCAGGGCUCCGAUUCAGGCAAGCGUGCCUAGUUAGCAUUGAUGUCAGCAUUUGAGUGCAAGCCUAAAGCUGAGCUCAUGGAAACAUUCAAACCAAAGCAAACAAACUUGUUUUUUGUUAGAAAUUACCAAGUAGCAAAAGUUUUAGGGGUUCAAUUGACAUUUUUUGGUUAAUAACUUUCUCUGUUUUAUUUAAAAAUCCACUAAAGCCAUCAAAAAAUAUUUUAAGACAUUCUUAGAAUGCCUUACCUACUCAGUUUUGCAAUUGUAAAUUGCAAAUUGUAAUUGUCAGCAAUUGUAAACAAUUUGUCAAAGAUUUUAUUUUUUUCCGUAAAAGAGAAGGCGUUCGGCAGCCCAUUCAGUAACAGUAUGGAUAACGUUUGCUUCAGUUAAAUGGGCUGGAGUAUAAGAAUUUUUUUCUUUUUUUACAGAGCAGAAGAGUGAUUAGGGUUUAGUUGAUUUUUUAACAAAUACACUAAUUUAAAAACAGAAUGUGCUUGUUGAGGCAAUAGAUGAGAGAAAGUGGGCAUGUCACCAACAGCGUCUGUCUUAUGACACUAUUUAAACCCAUUUCAGAGGCACUAGUUAGAAAUGCCAUAGUUGUGGUGGCAGGUGGGAUUCCUCUGAAAUGGCUGUAAACUGAUUUGACAGCUUACAGCCGCUGCGCAGCCACAGCGGUGAUGACUCACACCCCU